AUAAUUCAACAUUCUUGGGCGCAACCAUUUUGGAAACGGUGAUACGGUUGCUAUCUCUACAUCCUAUCCCUGCGGACAAUCGAAGUGAAACUGUCAGGGUCGUUAUUUAUUUGAAUAGCUUAGCUAAUUAGAGAUGGGUAAUAUUCACACAGUUGGACCCAAUGAAGCCCUCGUCGUUUCUGGUGGCUGCUGCGGGGCUGAUAAAAAGAUCAUGGUGAUUGGAGGAUGGGCGUGGGCGUGCUGGUUCGUCACCGACGUGCAGAGCACAGAGACGGUGGAAGCGGCGCGCGCGUCUGCUGAGCGAGUCAAGCUGCUGGGAGGAGCCGAGGCGUCUGCCAUCGAGGCGGUCGGCAAGUCUGACGCCGAGCGCAUGCGCAUGAAGGCAGCCGCGUACAAGCAGUACGGCAAUGCUGCCCUCACCAGCCUAGUGCUCGACUCCCUGCCCAAGAUCGCGGCUGAGCUGGCAGCGCCGCUCGCGCGCACGGACUCGAUCGUGCUGCUGGGAGGCGACGAUCGCGGCACGUCAGAGAUGACGCGGCUGCUCAGCCAGAUCCCGCCGUCCGUGCAGGCGCUGACGGGAGUCGACCUGUCGCAGGUACUGAAGCAAGUCCCCGGAGCAAAGUAAACGACCGGGCGCACGCGCGUCAAGUGCUAAGGGAUGGAUCGCGAGUGACUGUUCGGAACAGGCGGAGACUUGGAACCACGGAUGUCGUCGAUCGUCAUCCGAAUCGAUUUUCGACGAAAAAUCCUCUCGGAGUAGCGCGUCACGACACCUGGUGGCCGCAAUCGGUACCGAGUCGGCGUACGCGGCUUGAGGUUUGUCAUUGGGAUGUAAAACGUUCACACUUGCCUUUUUGGAGAAGGUUUCCGGAACCGAGACUCCUCAUCGUUACUGAUUAAGGAAACGCAAAUAUGCAAAUUGAAUGUUGGUGGACAGAUUCGCCGCGUUUCAGCCCUCUGGAUUUUACCUCGCAAUUCAUGUGGCAUGAAAUGUUGUUUUUAUACACGUUUUUCUCUUCGUUUGCGAGAGAAGUCGUCAUCGCUAAAUCGAAGCGAGGAGUCGUGUGUUUGUGAGCUCUUCCCUUAGUGUUGCGUUUUCCUCUUAUAUGUUUAAACCCUCGUCUUCUUGUUGCUGCUGUAGUGUGAAGAUUUCUACCAUUGCAGGGGAAGAGAUUUAUCGUUUAGAUCAAAGAAGUCUGAUAGAUUUUGUGCGUUCAAAAUUAAGGAGUCUACAGUCUGAAGUUGAUGGCUACCACUAACAGUAAUACAGCGGAGAAAUCAUCUCAAAAUAGCAUAAAUUAUCGUAUCGCUGUUGUCUGCUGUACAUGAUUGCUUUUGGUAUUUUUAAAAUCGCAUUCAGCAUUAGUGUACGGUGAACAACAGUAACGCACUAAUUUAUGAUGUUUUUCUCAUCAUUUUCGUGCAUUAUCGUUUAAAAGUUGAGUCAUCAACUUCCGUCUGUGUAUUUUGGAAUCUCGGUUACGUAUAGCAGAAUUUUUAAGGGAGUCGCACCAGUAACGACCGACGUCAAGUCAGCGAACCCAACAGUAAAAAACAUUGACAUUGACAUUGACAGUUUGACAUUGAACGUUAAUUUCGUACCUAGGUAACCCUGUCGUUGCCGUGUUUGGUGACCAGAUAUCGUAGCAUAAUUAAACUCAUGUAGUGAGUGGUAAGCCUUAAGUUUCCUACGUCUUCGACUGGAUUAUACGCAACUAGUCUAUACUAGAGAGCCACGAGUCGAAGGUGUGUAAAGCUAAGGCACUCUCAUCUCGGAAUCUCACGAGGAGGGAACGAAUCGUCUUCGGUUAGAUUUUAUUCGUCAUCGCGGUUCGUUAUACGCGACCGCUCUUUUUUAAUUUUUAAACUACGUAAUGCAUGAAAUUAUUCCCCCCCUCCCUAACUCAUCUCACGAGAAUCUCGUAGGUUUCCAUGAUAACGGUAUUCGUGUAAAUAUGUGGUGGAAUUAGAAUGACGCCCCCGUAACGUGUCUUAGUAUAAUAACUAGAUGUUUGUUGCUAGCGUCAUGAGAACGUAAUAUCAGGGGUUAUGACAAAAUUUAUUUGACAUAACAAUGACAAUUAUUUAACACAAUAAAGACAAUUAUUUUACAUAAUAA